CGUGCUCUCUUCUCUUCCCCUCGCCAUUACCCUCUCUCUCUUGCAUGCCCUUCUCUCCCAUUUUCCGUCAAUGCGUCGUGCGUUUCGUGUGGCGUGGGCAUGUUCUUGCGCCCUUCGUUUGAGACCAAGAGGGCUGUGGGAUUUCGGAGUUUUUUCCGGUUUUUUUUGGUCCCGCAUGUUGUUUUCGUCCGGUUCUUUGUCUUGGGAAGGAAAGGGUGUCUUGAAAAUGCUCGUGCAUUGGUGGUUCCCUCGUCAAGGUUGGAAUUUGCGAAGUGGGUUGUUGGCCUUUCGUGGUGAUGCUGCGUUCUGGGUCGGACGAGGACCCUGCUCCUGUUGUUCUGCAUGUAACGAUACUUUUUGGGAGAUAGAUGCUUUGUGGAGUGGGUGAAGUGAGGGCAUUUGCUGUCACAGUAGUGAAAGUAGCCAACUCCUUAGGCUAAUAACCAGCCUAACUGUUCCUCGGGUUAAUCGGAGUCGAGCGAACUCUUGGCGGCGAUGGUUGUUUCGAGUCUUGGAUAUGACUGGUUCUUGGUAGCUGUGAUAUUGUUGAGUUGAUUCGGUCGUUUCAUAAUGUGAAUGAUUCUUUCACCGUGUAAGUUAACCAAAUCUCUGAGAAAGUGAAGAAAUUGACUAUAGUCCCUGUUGACUAAAUAUGUUGAGAACUUGUAUGGCGGACUGGGAAAGUAGGAGAUUCUCCAUUUUUCCUUGUAAUAAGGUUGAUUGCCGUAAUGUUCACGAUUGUGAUCUCCCCAUUUUGCAGCUGGAAUUUACAAUUCACGUGUGCUGGAGACAUGGUUGCUAAUUUUGCACGAGUUGUUGCCCCUUGAGAGAAUUAGGGGUUUUAGUAGAACUGACUGAUUGCAUCUUAUGGCGGCAGAGCCGUGCGGUGGUGGUAGAUCAGUAGUGGACAAGAAGAGAAAGAGGAAGAGGAAGCCGAGGAAUAGAAAUGGUUUGGAUCUUAGGAUGGAUAAAGAGAAUAAUUUUCCAGAGAAAAAUUCAUCAGUGAACGUGAUUAUUGCUUUACCUCCUCCAUCUGAUUCCAGCUCAGCCCUGGAGAAUUCCAAUGCUCAGCCAUACAACGAAUUAAAUCCUUUACCUGCAAAGAGAAGGAAGAGGAAUAGGAAGAAGAAAAGAAAGAUCCAGGAAACAAGCACUACUCAAGGUGAUAUUGGUGCAGAAGUCCCAUCAAAUUCUGUUCUGCAAGCGAAUGAGCCGGACGUUAAAGAUAAUAUAACAUGUUCCUCUGGCAAUUCCCAUCAAAGUUUGGAUGAUGAGAAGAUUCGACCAACCGGUGAAACAAGCUGCCUUACCAUGAAGCAAAAGAGAAAGAUAGAGAAGAGAAAGUUGAGGAGCAGGAGGAAAAAAGAGGCAAGACUCUCUAGGAAGAGCAGUAAGCUCACUGAAGUCCCAAAUAAUGUUUCGCGAGUCGCUGAACUGGAUGAAAAUUUUCUGAAGGAAUCUUCCUCAACCAGUGGCAAGCAAAGUGACAUUAAGAAGAAUUUCUGUUCAUUAGAAAAAGAAGUUGUGCACGGAGAGGCUCAUACUAAAGAGACUUCCUUUCAUUCCGAUGAAGCUCAUAUCUCUCAUCUUUCAGAUGGCAAACCAGAGCAAGUAGAGGAAAGGAUACAAGCUGCAUCAGCCCAGGCUUCCAUGGGAAUCUUCAAUUUUUUUCUCAGCCUUUCAAGUAUUGGACCGCGUACUCUGGACAUGGAGGACAUGGGAGGACGAGGAAGUUGAGGACUAAUGGACUCGCCGUAGAGAAGUGUCGAAAACUUCCAUUUCAGGCCUCAAUUAGAAGUCUUGGAGAAGUUGUCCAGAGAGACCGCAGAGCCUGUACUCAUUCAUCCAGUUUGGCUUUAUGUUUUUUGUAAAUUCAUGUGAAGCUUCAGUAGAACGACCUCCUCUGCAAGUUUUUUGUUCCCAAAUCAACUCGUGAAGGUGUGUUAUCAAGGUUGUGUCUUUGUCAAGCUUGUUUGAUGAGAGACUGGCGGUCUUGCUCCUCAUUGUGAGCAUAUAUGUUCAUAAAAUAAUAUCACCUGAUAAUGCAUGUUUCUUUUGUUAA